AUGCUCCAAGUCUUUCUUAAGAUCUCUAUUCUACUCUUUUCCAUGUUGAUUCAUAAAGUCUUAGGCGCUACCAACGCUCCUCCUCCCACUGUUCAUUCGUGUAACAUCAAGUUUACAAUACUCGGAGAUAGAGCAGAAUGCACCGGAGGCGGUGUCGUGCAUAACUGUGCUUAUAAAUCUUGCUGGCUUGCUGGUCAUCAAUACAUUUCAAUGACGGAAUGUAAGCUAGCAAAAUCGACUGACAAAAGAACAAGUCAUCAACAAUGUGCUCAAUAUGAGUUUGUAAACAAUGAUCUAACUAAACCUCUCUAUUUCAAGUGUAGGAAUCCUGGUCUUGUAGAUUAUAUAUGCUCAGAUAAUGCCAAUAAUAUUGGUAAAAUCUUGGGAUGUUCCGAUUGCUAUUUGUGA